GGCGAUUACAGAAACUGUACCUUGUAAAAGGUCUCGGGUUCCGACAUUAGUGAGGUUGAAUGCUGUACACAACCAUGCGUCAUAGUGGGAUAGCAUGAGGGGCUACAACGAUUGUGAGCCCUGUCAUAUCCAAUAAAAAUAUGUCGUCAUACGCCAAAGAGCUCGAAGUAGCACAGCUAGCCGUCCAGCGCGCUUCCAUCCUAACCAAGAGAGUCUUCCACGAGAAGGCUAAGGGUACCGUCUCUAAGGAUGACAAGUCUCCUGUUACAAUCGGCGAUUUCGGUGCCCAGGCCCUUAUUAUUAGCGCCCUGAAGGCCAACUUCCCCGAUGAUGAAAUCGUUGCAGAGGAAGAAGCCGCUCAGUUACGUCAAGAUGAGAACUUGAAGCAUACAAUCUGGGACUUGGUUUCAACCACCCAGCUUUCCGACCCUGAGGCCGAGAGCCUGCUUGGGGGGGCUAUCGAUAACGAGGAGGCCAUGUUGACUAUGAUUGACUAUGGAAAUAGCAAGGGCGGUGCUAAGGGUCGUAUAUGGGCUAUUGACCCUAUCGAUGGCACCAAGGGCUUCCUCCGUGGCGGCCAAUACGCCGUAUGUCUCGCCCUGAUGGUGGACGGCGAUGUCAAAGUUGGUGUUUUGGGUUGCCCGAACCUCCCUAUCGACGAUACUGCUACGUUAACGGGAGGCAUGGAGUCUGGUCAGACAGACGAGGGAAGAGGAGUCCUAUUCUCUGGCGUGCUGGGCCGAGGUGCUACAAGCCGCGCAUUGACUACUGGUGAACUGGCUAAGGAGAAGAGCAUUUCUAUGAGGGCAAUCACCGAUAUCGCAGCAGCAACAUUCUGCGAGAGCGUAGAGGCCGGGCACUCGUCCCAUGGAGACCAAGCUGAAAUCGCGAAGCUGCUCGGCAUUACAAACCCUAGCGUGCGGAUGGACUCUCAAGCCAAGUAUGCCUCUAUUGCGCGAGGCGCGGGUGACAUCUACUUGCGAUUACCUGUUAGUGCGACAUACCAGGAGAAGAUCUGGGAUCACGCCGCGGGUGACCUCAUCGUCCGAGAAGCUGGAGGUGCCGUAACAGAUAUUUAUGGAAAGUCGCUGGACUUUAGCAUUGGGCGAACGCUAUCGAAUAACAAGGGUGUCGUCGCUGCUCCCGCUGCUGCCCACCCGCAAGUUCUCAAGGUGGUGCAGGAGGUCCUCUCGAAGAAAUAAAUUUGGCACCUCAUAAACAGAUAAUGCAUACAAGUACAUAGUUUUUUGUUCGGGUAUCUGCCGUCGUAUAGUACAUAGAUACACGCGUGAAGUGGAACAAUACCAUCAUCCCUAAGAUCAUCUAUUUGAUCUUCUUUUGUUUUAGCUUGAUCGUCUCGUCGUUGACAAAGAUACCUUUCCCCUUGUAUGGCUCCGGCACUCUCCAUUUCCGUAUCCUAGCCGCGAAAGACAUGACUUCCUCUCGGUUAAUGCCUUCG